UCCUACAUAAAUUAUAUGAAAAUUAUAAAAAUUAUAUGUCUUACAAUGUUAUAAAUUCAUGCAAUUCGAAAUCAUUCCAACAGUUUCAAUUAUCAUAACAGGCAAUAAAAUGCAGCACUUGUUUGUGGUAAAAUUUUUGAUGCUGGCUCUUGGUGUGUGGCCCAUAAAACUACUAGAUUAUAAAUCCAUACAUCCGUGGAUUUUAAAAGUUUAUUCCAAGUAUUAUUAUAUAUCUUGGACAUUCCUAGCGAUGUUUGAAGUAAGUCAAUAUAUACUGUUGAUUAUACUCAUAAAUGAAGGUAACAAAGGUGCAGAAAUUUUGGAGGUCCUCAGCAUUUCCAUUCUAUACACCAUGAAUUUGUAUAAAAUUAACUGUUGCCGAUCAAAAAACAUUCAAUCGUUGCUUUUUUGGAUCACAGAAAAUGAACAACAAGCAAUUGCCACCGAUGAUGAGGAAAUUAUAAAAAUUCAGAAAAAACAUUCUCUCCAAGCACACAUCUCAUCGGUUCUUCACGUUUCGACUGCAACUUUGUGCGUUUUAACUUACGUGUUUUAUCCUAUAUACGCAAACAAACAAGAAAAUUUAGAAGGGUGUGAUAAGAAGUUAAUAUUUUCAAGUUGGUUUCCUUUUGACAGAAGUGAAUACUACUUUUGGGCCCUUACUAUUCAAUUUUUUGGUGGAUACUACGGGUCUUCUUAUGCGGUAUACGUAGAUUCACUUUUUUUCACAAUCAUGAUUUAUUGUGUUGGGCAGAUGAAAAUUUUACAACAUUAUCUACGUAACACUAAUAAAUAUUCGGGGCAGUACCAAAAAAGAACUGGAUGCACUUUGGAGGAAGCUCAAACUGUAGUUGUAAAGAGUCUCAUAGACAAACAUAAAGAAAUAAUAAACUGUGUUGAACUAUUAGAUGAAGUCAUUAGUAUAUUAAUGUUAAUGGAUUUCAUUUUAUUCUCUAUAAAACAGGCCAUUUUAAUUAUACAAUUUGUAAAUAAUCCUGUUAUAAAUUUUGAAUCCAUGCGAGUUUUAACUUUUAUUAUUGCAGUCUUUUUGCAGAUUGCAUUUAUAUAUUGGAAUGCCAAUGCAAUUUUCUUAGAGAGUACUGAAGGUAUAUCAUCGGCCAUAUUUAAUGGAGAUUGGUAUUUAUUAAAUCAGAAGUCUCAAAAAGAUUUGUUGUUGAUGAUGAUGAGAACAAAUGUUCCCUCACGAAUAAGUAUCGGACCUUUUUCUACGGUAAAUCUGCAAGCUGCUUUACAGAUAAUAAAGUCUAUUUAUUCAUAUGUAGCAGUAAUGUAUCAAAAAUAGAGAGAAAAAUGCAGCUAGUCGCAAGUGAUUUCCAUUUCUAUUUACACACAUAUGUCAGCAACAGGAACACAACCUAAUGAUUAGAAUUAGUUUAAUAUAAAGUGUAGCCCAUUUAAAAGCGGGACACCCGCAUAAAAUUUAUUAGGGACAAAAAACGUGAUAUUGUUGUCUAUAAUUACAUAUAUUCAUAGUUUAUUAUUGAAAAAAAGUUUGUCAAAAUCGUACAAAAAUUUCCUUUGGUAUCUCCCACUUUCAAAUGGGCCAUAUUGUAGGUAUUAAUAAAGAUACAGGAAUUUUAUUUAUUUAAUAUUGUAUAAAAUUAUUUCCACUUAGUAUAGAAUAAAUUUCUUAGUAUUUAAUAAAAGAUUUAUUUA